AGAGGAGGAGAAAGGAGAGGUGGUGGGGUGGGGGAUGGCAGCGCCUGCGGCGGAGGGGGCGGCCGCGUCGGCUCUGCGGGCCGCGCUGGCGCGGGCAGGGAGAGCGGCGGAGCGGUCGGGGCGCGCGGCGGAAGCGGUGCGGGUUGUGGCGGUGGGGAAGACCAAGCCCGUCUCGAUGCUGCGGCAGCUCUACGACGCCGGGCAUCGCUGCUUCGGCGAGAAUUACGUGCAGGAGCUCGUCACCAAGGCCCCCCAGCUUCCGGAAGAUAUCCGGUGGCAUUUCAUUGGGCACUUGCAGAGCAACAAAGUGAAACCACUGUUAGCUGCUGUUCCAAAUCUUGACAUGGUUGAGGGUGUAGAUAAUGAAAAGAUUGCUAAUCACCUUGACCGUGCUGUCAAUAGCCUGGGAAGGGAACCUUUGAAAGUACUGGUUCAAGUGAACACUAGUGGAGAAGAAUCCAAAUCAGGUAUCGAUCCCUCCAGAUGCGUCGAGCUUGCUAAGCAUGUGAAACUAGCAUGCCCGCACCUGAUAUUUUCAGGCCUGAUGACAAUAGGAAUGAAAGACUACUCAUCAACACCAGAAAAUUUUAAGGCACUGGUAGAUUGUAAGCUUGAAGUUUGCAAGGCCCUUGAGAUACCAACAGCUAACUUUGAACUCUCCAUGGGAAUGUCUGGUGACUUCGAGCAAGCGAUAGAGAUGGGCAGCACGAAUGUGAGGAUUGGAUCAACCAUUUUUGGACCACGAGAGUACCCAAACAAAAAGCAGUAGUGAGAUUCAACGCAUAAGCACCAUCUCGGUGCCCAGUCCUCACAAGUCUGUUCCAUCCACCCGUUAUUGACAUUUUGCUUUUGUAAGCAUGACGUGAUGUAAAUGCACAUGCCAAUAUGUAGUAUUUGCAGAUGUACAACUCCUUAUAGAACAGCGAAAUGAAAUUUUGAGAUAUGAUGAUCUUGAAUUGUUUUCCUAA